CAUUGAAUUCUGGUUUAAUGCAGUAAUCUUAUAUAUUACUCUGAGUGUAUUCAAAGACUAAGCGGUGAAAGGUGCUUAUCUCUAUACUGUGAAUCACGAAGUGGAUGAGCUCAAACACGUAUCUAACAGUAUGGCAGCCCUUCUUCUUUAUAUUGCGGCCAUAUUGUUCAGCGUUGGUGUGAUCGGGAGACAACUUGCAGAUGAGUGUCGACAACACGGCGGAAUCUGCUCUUCUCAUCACAGUGAUUGCCAUCAUAUAUUUCGGUCCGCCGACUGCCAUCAUCAACAUGGCCACACCCACCUGUGUUGUGUUGGACAGCAUCCCUUGACACACCCUACAAUAGAUGUAGCAACUGCUUUUCGAACACAAUCCAUCCAGUAUAGCAAUCCAACACAAUGCGGAACUAGAGUGCUUGGUGGGCACAUCAUCGGCAGGAGAAUCGUCGGGGGGUCGCGGUCUGUACCCGGGGAAUGGCCAUGGCAGGCUUUUAUAACGUAUAACGACAAAUAUGCCUGCUCGGGAGCAAUCAUCGCGAAUACGUGGCUCCUCACCGCUGCCCAUUGCAUGCAACAUGCGGACAACGCGGGAGGCUACAUGGUGAGGGCGGGAGAGUACAACACAAAGGCCCAUGACGGGACAGAGCAAUACUACAGCAUACAUAGCAUCUUACUCCAUCCAGAGUUUAAUAAGAUAACUGGCCAAAAUGACAUAGCUUUGAUACGCAUCAACAGCCAGUUUGCCUUCAACAACAACGUCAGGCCGAUUUGUCUCCCCAAAACAGCCAACUCGGCCACCGACUGUGUUGUGUCUGGAUGGGGAGAGACUCAUGUAUACAAGCCAAGCUGUCUACGGGCGCUGUACAUAUAGCAGGGGCUUUUACAUCCAUCUCACAUAUCGGUCAUCCAUUCCUUGCCGGUAGAACAGAGGCACAUUUGAACUAUGUCACUUGUCCCGGGUUGACACCACACGUUUUGACACUUGUGUUACGGAUGUGUGUACGUAUGUAAAAUGUUCCUUUUGUCAAGGUCACCAGAACAUCGGUUACAUGAAGUACACUUUUGUGUCUGUAUUAUGUGAGACGUGUGUCUAACAGUGAUGUUCCUGUGUCCAAGAUCACCAGGACAUAGGUUACCUGAAGCAAGCUUAUAUGUCUGUAUUGUGUGAGACUAGUGUCUAAUAUAAAUG